AUGGCAGCCGCUACGCUGCUGAGCCACCACCCGAGCCCGCUGUCUGCGCCGCUGUUCAAGGAGGCGCGCGACACAUGGGCCCGCGACCCCAUCAUCGACUACGACGAGGUCAAGCAGCUGUCGCAGCAGCCCACGGACGACGUGCUGCUCGUCGACGUGCGCGAGCCGGACGAGAAUGCGCUCGGGAGCAUCCCCAGCGCUGUCAACCUCCCCCUGUCGCGGCUUGACGACGCGCUCGCCGUCGGCUUCAACCCCGGUGCAUUCCAGCAGGAGUUUGCGUUCCCCAAGCCCGUCAACGGCCAGAACAUCGUCUUCUACUGCCGGUCAGGCAAGCGCUCCGCCACUGCCUGCGAGGUCGCGAACCGCCACGGAUACCUCAACACGCGCAACUACGUGGGGUCGUGGCUCGAGUGGUGCGAGAAGGAGGGCAUCGACAACAACGAGGACUAG